UUUCAGAAUUGCUGAUUGAGCAUCUAUUUUGAUUUGGCAUGUUUGGUUGUGAGUGUUAAAAGGUGGAUUAGAGUUUUGAGGAGGAAGUGCAGCAUAACAGAAGGUCUAAGAAACAGCCAACAAAGCAGAGGGAGUUACCGAACAGGGGGAGAACAAGACAGAGGAAAACUGCUUAAAGAGAGAGUGCGAGAAAGUGGAUACAAAAAAGCACCAAAAGGCAGAUUCAGGAGGAGUGAGUGAUAGAGAGGGUGACAGCGGAGUUCAUAGAAAAGACAAGCGCCCAAGAAUGAGGGAGGAGGAGCAGUCCAAUGAUGACCAUCCUGAGGGAGGGGUGGCUUCCAGAGAGGAAGACACAGGGAAACCACCCUCAAACGCCUGUCCUGUUGUUGUAGCGGCGCCAGGGAUCACCGGGCGCAAACGGCAGACAGGCCCACGCACGGAGGACCCGAUUAUCAGUCCCACCACAAUCACAUCAACAGAGGACAGCAAGGCCAAGUCCGGAGAUGACAUUCACCUCCACGGCCCGACGGGACCCAAGAGACUGAAGAAAAGCCCGCAGCAUCGGCCACCUUCCUCAGGCCUGUCGCUCUCUCCUCUCCCAGCGCAGUGUCCCGGGGGUCUCCAAGCCCUGGAGGACCCGCACGCCCAGCGGGUGAUUGCCAACAUCCGCGAGCGCCAGCGGACACAGUCCCUGAACGACGCCUUCGCCUCGCUGCGCAAGAUCAUUCCCACGCUUCCCUCGGACAAGCUGAGCAAGAUCCAGAUCCUCAAGUUGGCAUCGCGCUACAUUGACUUUCUGUACCAGGUUCUGCAGAGCGAUGAGAUGGACAGUAAACUCGCGGGAUGUAACUACCUGGCCCACGAAAGACUGAGCUAUGCCUUCUCUGUCUGGAGGAUGGAGGGCGCCUGGUCGACGAUGUCUGCUGGUCACUAG